UUCUCGUCACCUGAUGCACAAAUGCUCGAGUGAAAGAUCUGCACUGUUCCUCGCUGUGUUUACUAUACAAUGGAAGUGCCAACAAACGGCUCAAGUUUUGGGAUCGACUCUUUGCUCUCCCACAGACCUACGAGUCCUCGCGUCUCCACAGCAGGCGCUUUAACGGGAGACUGUCGCUCUCCGGCCUCCAGCCCGCGUUCGGAGAUGGACAGUGACUGCUCGUCUCCACCGUCCCCGAGGCGAGAAUCUGAGCCCGGGUCUCCGUUAGUAAUGUCUCAACCGAGGACAGUGACCUCCUCUUUUUUAAUCCGGGACAUUCUGGCGGACUGCAGGCCGCUUGCCGCCUGCGCACCGUACAGCAACAGCGGAGACUCAGUGCGCGAGACCGAGGACUACACCGACAGACUGCACAGCAACUCAUCAUCGGAUUGUGAAUUUCGGGCCAAAGAUGAACCAGAAAGGGAAAUCUCCAGCAGCAGAGAGAGUCCGUCCUCACGGCUGAAGAAACCCCGCAAAGCACGCACAGCCUUCACCGACCACCAACUCGCGCAACUCGAGCGCAGUUUUGAGCGCCAGAAAUACCUGAGUGUUCAGGACCGCAUGGAGCUCGCGGCCUCUCUCAACCUCACCGACACGCAGGUCAAGACCUGGUACCAGAACCGCAGGACAAAGUGGAAGCGACAGACGGCAGUUGGUUUGGAGCUCCUUGCCGAAGCAGGAAACUACUCUGCUCUUCAGAGAAUGUUCCCGUCGCCGUAUUUUUAUCCACAGAGCAUAGUGUCCAGUUUGGACCCGGGAGCAGGACUGUAUUUUUACAGAGGACCCACUGCGGCACCUCCAGCGCUACAGAGGCCGCUCGUACCUAGAGUUCUGCUGCAGGGUGGAGCUGAGCCCCAGCUGUCCCCGCAUCUGUCCACGCACAUGUCCCCACUCACUGCUGCGUUACCGAGACCCACACCGCAGCGGUGAACGGUUCAGGAUCGUCAGGAAGGACAAAGUGAGAAGCGGUUUACAGCUGAGCAACAGCAGGACGCAUAACAGUGGACGUGCACAAGAACGUUCUUUGCGUUUCCGAGAUUAAUCCACUGCACAAACCGCAUUGUUUGCGAACUUUGUAUAAAGUUCUCUCAUGGGUGAAAUCAAGCCUUUUGAUUGGCUGCUGAUCCCGCGCGCGGUUUUACCCUGAACUGAAAUCAGGCUGUAAAGACAGAACUGAUGGUCCGACAAACCAAAUAUUUCAGAUUUCAGCUGUCUGAUUACCAGAAACUGUCUGCCAAAUAAUUCAAAUAAGAACAAGAAAA